AUGCCGAAUACACCACCUCCAGCGCUAUUACCCCCGCCGGAAGGGAUAUUCAGGACCUUCGAUGACCUGAUGGCAUCCGUUCAGCGCGUAGCCAAGGAUCAGGGCUAUGGCAUUGUAAAGCUGCGUGCUUCCAACUACCGCGACGGCAAGCCUACCCGUUACGAUCUUGUUUGCGACCGCGGAGGUGUCAAGUACAACAGCACUGCCAAGAAGCGCAAUCCUUCAACGCGCAAGAUUGAUUGUCCUUUCCGCGCCAAAGCUGUUUGCGAAGUUCAGCUUGGGAACCAAUGGCGCUUUGCUAUCCAAGAGGGACGUCAUAACCAUGAGCCGCGAGUUCCCGCUGGCACGCCUGGCCAGGAAAACGCGCCUCUGGCUACAUCUAUCCGAUCAUUCACCAACAAACUCGACCGGUUAAACCACGACAUGGCUCAGGGUCUAAUGCGCAUUGAACAGCGCCUCGAUAACAUUGAGAAGCGGAUGGAGAAUCUAGAAGCCCGAGCUGGAGGCUACGAACCGCGAUUCCAGGCAAUCGAGCAAAGGCUUCAGGGAAUGGAGGGCCCUCGCAUGGAUGGUAUGGGUAUGGACGAUGUUGAAUCGCGCCUUCUAGCCUCGACGGUUAUGUAG